AUGAGUCACCAACAGAUGGAGAGUCCAAUUGAGGCCAUCGUUGAGUAUAUGAAGACAUUUGUGGAGCAAUUGGUGGCAAACGAGGACUCGAUUCAUGUGAUGAUCACUGAAUGCCUGCAAUCAAUGGUCGCAUCCGUUGACCACAAAUGCCAUGAAUUGAGUGAUGAGUCGACGGAUGGCAUCAAAAGUGGCGACAAUUUAGGCGUCGAUGACAUCGAUAUGAGUGAAGACUUUUGGGACGAAUUGGACGACGAUUUUGACAUCAAUUUCAGUGAUAAUGACAUGAAAUCGAGUCCUCGAGAGUUGACCACAACUUCAGACGAGAAGCGAUUGGAUUUCAAUCAGAAGUUCUCGUUAUUGUUGUCUGAAUUGGUGGCCAAACCCUCGACAGACACCUCUCGUGUGGACGUCUCAGUGAUGGCCACAAGACUUGUCUCACAAUUGGAUUCAAUUAAUGAUGCCAUUCUUGAACUCAUCCAUCGAUUGAAACAAAUGUCGGAUCCGAUGAAGAAAUAA